AUGAGUCGCCACGACCUGAAGAAGUGGACGUCGAAUCUAUAUCGUCAGAGACGAGGUCAUUUUCUACCACACCACAACAUUUUGCAACAUCGUCGAACAAACCGAUAUAUGGAUACCCCUGCUGUACAAAAAAAUCCAGAACGACAGGCCGGUGAUGGAGCGGUUUCGAUUAUGACACAGGAGGAUUCAGCUCGUUUUUCCGCAAAAAUACCCCGAAAAAAACAACCGCGACAUACGUACUUCAUGAAAAUCACCACACUUUCGAAGACGUUAUCUGUAUUCACGAACAAGAAUUUCUACGACCCAUUGACACAAUUUCUUACGCGCACAAAAUGAUUUUCUUUUUGAACAUAAUCUCACAUGUCUUUCAAAAAUAAUAUCCAAACGCCACUCUCAUUGUUAAGGCCGCGGCUUCGUCGUGCGCUGGGUGCUA